UCGAAUGCAUACAAAUGGGCUUUGCGCCUUACUUUCAAUGCAUCUCUUGUCCACGUGGCCUGCAAAUGAACGGCUCCAGUUGCCAUGAUGUGGAUGAGUGUGCCAUCUAUCAGCCCUGUGAUGAUGUCACUUUCUGCACUAAUCUCAAUCCAGGAUUUCGCUGUGCGCCCUGCCCACCUGGUUUUGAUGGCAUUCAUGCACAUGGUUACUCCGCUGACUAUUUGGGCGUGGGCUUUCAAAAGCAAACUUGUGUGGACAUAGACGAGUGCAAGAUGGGCUUCUUUAGAUGUCCAGAGCAUGCCAGCUGUCAUAAUAGCAUAGGUUCGUACCGCUGCCAAUGCCAUGAGGGCUUUGUAGCCAAUGGCACCUUUAGCUGCUUGUCGGCGGCAGAUCUUUGUCCCGAUGGCAGCAUGUGCGCGCGCAAUGCCGAGUGUGUGCCGCUGGAUCAGUAUAGCUAUCAGUGCCGCUGCAGCGUGGGCUGGGCGGGCAAUGGCAAGAUCUGUGGACGUGAUCGCGAUUUGGAUGGCUGGCCAGAUGAGUCGCUCAACUGCGCGGAGUCGCAUUGCCGGCGCGACAAUUGUCCGGAUUUGCCAAACUCGGGCCAGGAGGAUGCGGAUCUGGAUGGCAUUGGCGAUGGCUGCGAUGAGGAUGCGGACAGCGAUCAGGUGCUGAACAGCAAGGACAAUUGCGCGUUUGUCUACAACAGCGAUCAGCUGGACUCGGAUCACGAUGGCAUAGGCGAUGCCUGCGACAAUUGUCCCUUUGUCGCCAAUCGGCGUCAGCUAGAUGCCGAUGGCGAUGGGCUGGGCAACGAGUGCGAUGAUGAUAUAGACAAUGAUUCGGUAGCAAAUCUGCAGGAUAACUGCCCACUGUUGCGCAAUCCCAAUCAGUCGGAUGUGGAUAACGAUGGCGUGGGCGAUAUAUGCGAUAAUUGCCCCACUAUACCCAAUCCGGCGCAGGAGGAUCGUGACAUGGACUUGGUGGGCGAUGCCUGCGACAGCGACAUUGAUGGCGAUGAUGAUGGCAUACAGGACUCGGAGGAUAACUGUCCCAUGGUGAGCAACUCAGAUCAGCUGGACACAGACGAUGAUGGCAAGGGCGAUGCCUGCGAUGACGACAUGGACGGCGACGGCGUGCCCAACUACAGAGACAACUGCCCGUUGGCUCGCAAUGCAAAUCAGCUGGAUGCCAAUCGCAAUGGCAAGGGCGAUGUCUGUGAGCUGGAUGAGGAUGACGAUGGCACGCCCAACAUUAUUGACAACUGUCCAAACAAUUCGAUGAUACAUCGCACAGACUUUCGUACUAUACGCUCGGUUAUGCUCGAUCCGGAGGGCGAUGCGCAGCUGGAUCCCAACUGGGAGGUGCAUGCCAAUGGCUCGGAGAUUAUACAAACACUCAACUCCGAUCCGGGUUUGGUGGUGGGCAGCGACUCCUUUGGCGGCGUCGAUUUCGAGGGCACGUUCUACGUCAACGAUGAUACGGACGAUGACUAUGUGGGCUUUAUUUUCAGCUACCAAAGCAAUCGCAAGUUCUAUGUGGUGCAGUGGAAGAAGGGCACGCAAACUUAUUGGCACUCGUCGCCCUUCCGCGCCUCCGCCGAACCAGGCGUGCAGAUUAAACUCAUCGAUAGCAACACCGGACCGGGCUCCAUGUUGCGCAACAGUCUGUGGCAUGCGGGCGAUACGCCUGGCCAGGCUAGACUGCUCUGGAAGGAUCCGCUCAAUGCUGGCUGGAAGGAGAGAACUUCCUAUCGCUGGUCCCUGGUGCAUCGACCAGCCAUUGGACUCAUUCGGCUGCGCAUUUUUGAGGGCGAGCGUCUAAUCUUGGACUCCCAUAACGUCUACGAUGCAACGCUGACUCUUAAGGGCGGACGCCUGGGCGUUUUUUGUUUCUCACAGGAGAUGAUUAUAUGGUCGGAUCUGGUUUACAAAUGCAAUACUCGUGUGCCAGCGCUCAUCUACAAUGAACUGCCCAUACAUCUCAAAAUGAAAAUGGAGCUGGAGAAUUAGUGGGGCAACUUUAAACUUUAAAGCCCGCCAGUGUUGUAUCUGCCAUAAAUUUUUAACCAAAUUAACUAAGUAAUUAUUUAUUUGUGCAAGUUUUCUUA